AUGGCGGACGAUGAGAAAAGGGUGUUCGCGCUGAUUAGCGCCAUCGGCACCAUUCGGGACCGGCUGCGACAAGACAUCGACGGCUUGCGACAGAUCCACAACCGUUGGAAAGACAGCAAUGGCUCUUCUAUCAACCUCAUCGCGCAACUAACAGCUCUGAAGUCCAGUCUCGGCAAUAUUCAGGAUUGGCUCAAUUAUGCUGUCAACGAUCUGCACCCACAAUUGCUAGCCGACUUGGAUGUACUGAAUCAUUCCUGCGGAUUGCUGGUACGCCAUGUGGAUGCCUUGAAUGCGCGUCUCAACUACGGAGACCAUGGUGCCGUCGAUUUCGCCGCCAAACUAAAGUACAGCGUCGCUAGCAGAUCAAUGGAACGACUGCAACUGGUGGCGCAAAGACAAAAUGAUGCCGUGAACCUAUUGCUUGCGGCCUGUCAUUGUACUGCUCAAGCGCAGCGAAAAAUCCUGCUCCACAAAAGCCGUCAGAUCCGAAAAGAGGAUGCAGCAAACCUUAGGACUCUCUCCCAGUCCUCGAGGUUGAAUGGUGCUUGCAUUACUGGCCUCGCACAAUUGUCGCGGGUCAUCCAAUGGCUGAGACUCUUGUUUCAUAUGAAGCUCGCACGGAACGAACUCGACAGGACCGUCUCGCCUACGGAUGAGGAGUACGAGCAUAUCGCAGCAGCCACUCGUUCCGAGGCAAUCGAUCGUGCUUUGCAGAGAGAGGCCACUAACCUGCGACACGAGACUAAGUUGGUCCUUGUAGGCAACACGCAGAGCGGAAAAGAGCUUAUCAUGCAUCAAUUGAAAGUACUUUUCGCCGAAGGUUAUUAUUCAACCGAAGAACGCUUGAAGUACCGCCCCGCGAUCUGGCAGGUCGUGCAAUCGCUCAUAUCAUCCAUCACCAAUCUACUCAAAGAUACCGGCGUUAAGCUCUCUACUGAACUGAGCCACGAUUUCGCAAUCUUGCUGCACGAGCUGGAUGCUAGGAAAGAAGGCGUCACACCUGACGCAGUCAAGGCCAUCACUAGAAUCUGGUCAUGUCCGGAGUUCUCCAAACUCUACGUCCGAAACUUCGAAAUCGACUUCCCACAGUACGCGCCCUAUUUCGCACAAGAAGCACCACGCAUAGCUUCGGAAGACUAUGUUCCCAGUGAAGCAGACAUUAUCCGCCUAAACCAAUCCAUGCGCGGUAUCAACGAAGCACGCUUCAACUGGGACGAGCUAGACGUCCAUCUCUUCAACAUCAGAGGUUACGUACCUCAACACUUCCGCGAGCGAUGGUACCACCAACUCGAAGGCGCAACCUCGGUUAUUUACACCGUCGACGUAUCCCUCUACAACAAACCCAAUCCGCAACGCCCCACUGAAUCCAUCCUAGUCCACGAGUUCGAAGGCUUCGAAAGCUGGAUCAAUCAACCUGGUUUCGCAAACUCCUCCAUCAUUCUCAUCCUAAACAACUUCACACGCUUUGUCAGCAAGAUGGCGUACGCGCCUUUAGAGAAGCUGUUUCCGGAUUACGUGAGGAACGAGUCGGAUCCCGAGUUAUCGGCGCGUCAGUAUAUCCUGAAGCGGUUCAAGAAUAUGAAUCAUCAAGGCCUUUCUAUUUAUUCUUUUUGGGUCGAUCUCGAUUCUAGCGAUAAUCAGCAUUUGUACACUGCGUUGAAGAACACGCUCUCGCAGAUCCAGCAGCGUGACGCGAAGGAAGAGGCUUGGAAUUCUAGUGUCUCAGCUACGACGGACUCGGAUCGCCCGUCUACGAAUGGGCUGUCAAGUGUGCUGAAUCCUAGUAAAAGUCGGGGCGAGCUUAGGAAAAAGGAGGAGAAGGAUCGAGCGAGGAUUGUUAAUUUGAUGUAG